AUGUCUUCCUCCGCCGUGGUCCACAGUGACGACCUCGACAUGGAGCCCACGCUCCAGUCGAUCAUCAACCAAAAAACUCUCCGCUGGAUCUUCGUCGGCGGCAAAGGUGGUGUGGGUAAGACCACCACCUCCUGUUCGCUCGCCAUUCAGCUCGCCAAAGCCCGCAAAUCUGUGCUCCUGAUUUCGACCGAUCCCGCCCACAACCUGAGCGAUGCCUUUGGCCAGAAAUUUGGAAAGGAGGCCCGUCUCGUUGACGGCUAUGACAAUCUCAGCGCUAUGGAGAUCGAUCCCAAUGGCAGCAUCCAGGAUCUCCUGGCCAAUGGAGAUGGUCAGGAUGACGCUAUGGGCGGAAUGGGUAUGGGCAAUAUGAUGCAGGAUCUGGCGUUCAGUAUCCCCGGUGUUGAUGAAGCCAUGUCCUUUGCCGAAGUCCUGAAGCAGGUCAAGUCGCUCUCGUACGAGGUGAUUGUGUUCGAUACCGCACCCACCGGUCACACCUUGCGUUUCCUGCAGUUCCCAACAGUCCUUGAGAAGGCGCUGGCGAAGUUGUCGCAGCUGUCAUCGCAGUUUGGACCCAUGCUCAACUCGAUCCUGGGCGCUAGGGGUGGUUUGCCUGGUGGACAGAACAUGGAUGAGUUGUUACAGAAGAUGGAGUCGCUGCGGGAGACCAUUGGUGAGGUCAACACGCAGUUCAAGAACCCUGAUAUGACCACCUUUGUUUGUGUGUGUAUUGCGGAGUUCUUGUCGCUCUACGAGACCGAGCGGAUGAUUCAAGAGUUGACUAGCUAUGGCAUUGAUACCCAUUCGAUUGUCGUGAACCAGUUGUUGUUCCCCAAGGAGGGCAGCGGCUGUGACCAGUGCACUGCGCGCAGAAAGAUGCAGAAGAAGUACCUGGAGCAGAUUGAGGAGCUGUAUGAAGACUUCAACGUGGUUCGCAUGCCACUAUUGGUGGAGGAGGUCCGCGGAAAGGACAAGCUGGAAAAGUUCAGCGACAUGCUUAUCAACCCCUAUAUUCCGCCGCAGUGA